UAAGUAAUUAUUGGAAAAUGGUGAACUCAUGUUUUUUGUGCGACAGAAAGGCAUCUCGAGUACAUAAUAUUUCAUUGCACAGCUUUCCGAAAAAUACGGAUGUACGUAUGAAAUGGCUCAAUGCUUGUGGAUUAACUAUUAAUGAUGAUGUAAGGAGAACUAGUGUAUGUUCUAGACAUUUUAAACCUGAAGAUAUUUGCCAGUCUAAUAUUUUUGGAACAGUUAAAUCUUCGAUAAAACGUAAUGCAGUUCCUACGCUUUAUCUUACAAAUCCGCUGGAUAUCAAUACGGAUAAUAAAGCACAGCCAAACGUAUCAUUGUCCGAAUUAUUCAAUGAGAAUAUAGUCAACAACCAAGCACCCAAUUUUCCUGACAAUGGUAUUGUCGACGACAAUAAUGUACUCGAGAUUGUGGAAAAAAGUCCGGAUCAUUUUCUUACUCUAAACAAUAUUGAAGUUCAAACGUCAAAAAAAAGUAGCAUUGAUUCUGAUGGCUCCUGUAAAAAAUCUGAUUUAAAUCAAUUCAUGGAAAAAACGAUUUCAAAUUUAAGUAGUGACGACGAAAAUACUGUUCCAGACCAAAAUAAAUCCCCAAGUCAUCGCCUAAAACGUAAAUUUUUUGAGCCUCGCUUUGUAAGUGAAAUAUUACCAACAGAUUUUUCUACACCCAAAAGGGCUAAAAGAACUCUUGAUUUAAUUAAAAAUACCGAUAAGAAGAAAACAGAAAAAAUAAGACAACUACAGAGACAAGCCAGGAAUCUCCAGAAGAAAGUUGAGUCUUUACAAGAUUUAAUAAAUCAUCUUAAGGAAAACCGUAUGUUAACAGAUGAGAGUGGUGAUGCUCUAAUGGUAUAGUAUAUUCUAAUUAAUAUUAAUUGUACAUAUAUAUGUGGAGUAUCGGAAAUGGCACA